AUGAGCUUCACAUCGUAUAGUAACAUAUCCACGAUCACGAAAUCGUGUACGACCAACAGCGGUCAGGUCCCCUGCACUGUUGGACUCUACCCAGCAGCAGUUGGUGUUUGGGGUACUGCGGUCACUUCUGGCAAUGGCACUGAAGGCAUACCUACUAUCGCCACAACAAGGUUCUACCUGGAUCCAGACACCAAUGCUACUGUCUCUUCAUCUGUGAUCUGCAACUGGGAGCAAUACUCAUCCGCAUACGUGGUGCCUGGGAGGAACGCAUCGCAGGCAGGCUACUAUACCGUCAACAGCGAUUGCGCUUUGAUAGGCGUGCUUCGCCGCGAUCAAGAGUGGUAUUGGCGAUAUCCUGCAAUUUCGGCGACUUAUCCGAAUCCUAAGCUUGAUCUCGGCUCAAAGUUCGAAACAUGGUACAAUACUUGUCCCACUACGACCGGACUGCCCAUCCAAACAACCACAAGCUCCAUUAUCUACUCCGAUACAUGGUCGCAGAAAGUGCCGAUGCCAUUCUAUUCGAUGCCCGAAUUAUCGAAUUAUUUGCCUGACGUCCCUGAAGUCUCAUCCUGUUCAAUAUAUCUUUAUGGCUCGCCACAAACCUUGAAGCCUGCGAAUCAUCUGACCGAGAAUCGAGUAUUGGCUCGAACCACAACUGCAGCUCAGCCAGCGGACACACCUCAGCCGGAAGCUCCACAGACCACGCAGCCGAACGAUGAGCCAGAAACGACUAUCACUGCCACAGUACCAGUUCUACCGACGCAGCCGACUGAUGAGGCAGCGUCUCCGCAGCGACCGACUCAGGAUAUUCCUUCGCCCACAGCCAACCCAGGGAGUCCCACAGACGAUGUGGCGGAGGAGAGCGCCCCUGAGCAAGACGAAGACGCAGAUCCGACCCCGAUCAACCAAGAUCCGAUAUGGUCAAUCAUAGGCGAAGCUGCUGAGCAGGCUUCACAGGCAGCACCAUCGUCCCCAACUCAAGCAGAUUCCCCAGGUCCCUCCGAAGAUGCAGAUCAAUCUGACGACAAUCCUGCGGUACCAAUCGUCAUUCAGCCGCAGGACAGCUCGAAUGAAAGUGCGAACUCAGGUGAUGCAGACGAGACUAACGAUUCUGGUGAGGGAGAUGACGAAGCGAUCUCGACCGGUGGGCAGAAUAACGCCGAUUCGGGGAAUGGCUCAGACACAGACAGCACGACUAACGAGGGAACCUCAAGUAGUGCCGGUGGCACUGAGAGCGUGAACGAUUCUGAACCGAACGGAGACUCCACUCCUACUUCUGGAACAACCGAGUCGGGUUCCAGCCUGGAAGACAAUGCAGAUUCCGGACAGUCGAGCGGGACUAUCAGCUCAGCCGACAGCGACUCUCAAAGUGACGAAGGAGGUCCAAGCGGCGCAGCUGGCAAUGCUUCUUCUGGCAGUGACGAUGAGAAUGCAGGCCAAGGCAUUGUCCUGGGCACGAUCCCGAGCCAAACAGACGCGAGCAUUCAUGUGACGGAGACCAGCGACGAAAACCCUGAGUCCGACAGUGCGCUCUCUCAGCCGCAGGGCGGCACGUCAAACCCAACGCCUGCAGCUGCUCUCACCUUUGCUGGGCCCGAGGCAACUCCAGCAGUUACGCUGCUGCCGGUUGAAGGAAGCAGUGAAGAUGAAAUCGAAUCCAUCGUAGCAGCAGGCGGCGCAAGCUAUGUCGACGGUGCUGUUGUCAUUGGGUCUCAGACCAUUCGGCCUGGAGGACCAGCUGUAACGCUGUCCGCCGAUGGAACGUCGCCGGUCGUCAGCAUACCAGCGCAAAGGCAGGGCAGGGAGUUUAUGAUUACCAUCACUGGCGCAAGUGCAUCGCAAGUAUUGACCCUCUCGGCCGGUGACGGGAUUGCAGCAUCACAAAUACGGUCUCUGAUAUCACAGGAGGAUCUGCAGGCGACGGAUAGCGCGAUCGUUGUUGGUUCGCGAACGCUUGUCCCUGGUGGUAACGCAGUGACAAUAAACGAGCACGACGCUACAUAUAUUGCCAGCCUGCCUACUCCAGCAACACCAGGAGCGCCGCCUGGAGUGAUUGCCAUCUCCAAGCUUGACACUACGAUGAGUGAGGAUCUCAAUGGCUACAUAUGUAGUGUUAUCGGAGGCUGUGCAAGUCAAACGCCAAAUGCUGAGGAGAGCUCUCGGGCCAUCGCCAGCCUGAGCACGGUGACAGAUCAAUCUUCGAGGUUAUCUUCAACGGCAACUGCCCGAAGCACGACAAGUACAGGACUCUUCAGCACGGCAGCUUCGGCGAGUAUCAAUGAAGACGCAGCAGCUUCUACCGGGGCCUCCGAGUCCAGCGCAAGCAGAGCACAGUCGAGCUUACAAAGUGUACUUGGAGCCGUCCUACCAGGCGCAGUCCUCAGCCUGCUUACGUAUUUCUUGUAG